AUGAUCAACUGUUCCAGAUCACCAUGGGCUUCCCCCAUUGUGGUGAUCAUUAAGAAAAAUGGGGUGGACAUCAGGCUAUGUAUCGAUUAUCGGUUGGUUAAUAGCCUGACACAACUGAUGGUAUACCCAAUGCCCUUGAUCAACGAUCUACUCGAAGAUCUGGAGUCGACACUUUGGUACUGUUCUUUGGAUAUGGCAAGUGGAUUUUGGGUAGUGAAAAUGACGGAUCGUGCUCGUUUGAUCUCGGCUUUCAUCACCCCUUUCGGACUAUUUGAGUGGAGUCGAAUGCCUUUUGGCCUGAAGAAUGCGCCCCAGAUCUAUCAACGUAUGAUCGAUAACGCGCUGUACGGGUUCAUCCGGAUCCCUAAGUCGGAAGAUCACGGAGGUACUGCAGAUGUAUUUGAGGAAGGGGAACCGGUGGAGCCAGGCAGGCCUUCAGUGCUUGGUCGCAGAUCAUAUAUCGAUGACAUCCUGAUCCCCGCUAAUAGUUGGGAUCACCUAUGUGAUCGAGUCGAGGGGUUGCUCGAAGCAUGCGACAAAUGGAACCUGUCGAUCAGCGUGGUUAAAAGUUUCUGGGGGAUGUCCAAGGUGGAAUAUCUUGGACAUAAGAUCUCGCACAAUGGACUGGAGGCGAAUCCGAAAGAUCUGUCUGCAUUAACUGAUCUAGCUUUUCCAGGAUCACUCAGAGCCAUGCAAUCAUUUCUGGGUAGUCUGAACUAUUAUAGUCGAUUUAUCGAAGACUACGCGAUCUACGCGUCGGUUCUGUACGAAUUGCGAGAAACCGACUUUGCUGCGAUGACGAAAGAGGCUACCCAAGGGCAGAUCCAACAAAUACUGGGAGCAGAAGAUGCAGAUCCAAGAUCACAGGAAGAUCGGGACGUCGAUCACCGAAGGACCCUGGAUCCGGAGGCGCCUGAUCCUAUGGAGGUAGAUCCACGUUGGAUCCAUGCUCAUCGGGCCUUCAACGUGCUCAAGAGCAGGAUUGCUACAACUCCGAUCUUACGACACUUUGACCCGGAUCGGAAAGCUACGGUGGUGGUGUACGCCAGCGACGGGGCUAUCUCGGGAGCCCUGAUGCAAGAAUAUGACCAGAUCUACUACCCCGUGACGUUUGCGAGCCGUACUCUGAAGUCGAAUGAGCUAAACUACGGUAUCGCGGAGAAGGAAGUGCUAGCCCUUCUGAGGAUCCUGGAUCUGAAUUACAAUGCGUUGGUUGGGCGUCCGAUCCAUGUGUUAACCCGACACGUUGGCGUGGCUUUUCAGAUCUACAGCCUUGCAAGGACGUUUAGGACAGUGGGCGGCUCUGCUGUCGCCCUGGACACUUGA